AUGCAAAACGAUGAGGCUAUAUGGCACGAUAUCAGAUACAUACACUGCUAUUAUAUGGCCGAAAUCGAAACAGGAAUCUUCUGCAGAAACCCUUAUAAUGUAACUGGUAUCUGCAGUCGAAGCUCUUGCCCUCUUGCCAACAGUCGCUAUGCCACCAUCCGUGACCACGAUGGUAGAGUCUUUUAUUUAUAUAUAAAGACUAUAGAGAGAGCUCACACGCCAAAGAACUUGUGGGAGAGAAUUAAGCUGCCUAGAAACUAUGAGAAGGCACUUGAACUCAUUGAUAAGCACUUGUUGCACUGGCCCAAGUUGUUGCAGCACAUGGUUAAACAAAGGCUGACCAAAAUGACCCAGAUGCUUAUUCGCAUGAGAAUACUUUCUCUCAAAAUAAGGGAGAAGAUAAUGUCUAUGCCUAUGUCUAGGAGGGAAAUGAAAAGGGAGAUUCGAAGAGAGGAAAAGACUGGAAUAGCAGCGGUGUUGGAUAAGGCCAUUGAAACCAAGUUGUUAGAACGUUUGAAGAAAGGUGACUACUACUCUGACAUACUCAGUUACCUUGAAAAGAAUGUUGAAGUUGAAGAAGAAGAGGAGGAGGAGGAGACAGAGAUUGAAUAUGUUGAAGGCUAUGGUGAACUUGAGAACGAGAAAGAAGAUGAUAUUGAAGAUUUUUAUGGCUUCACAUCUAAGGAGUCUCACCUUGACGGUGAUGUUCGUGACUUGAAAGAUGAAGAUGGUGAUGAUGCUGUGGAGGAAGUUGUGAUUCAUAGGAAGGGAAGAGCUUUAAGGAAAGAUGAUGAUAAUGGAAAGUCUAAGAAGAAAUCAAGAUUAGUUGUUGAGGUCGAGCAAGAAGAUGGAGAUACGAGGCAAAUCCUGAAACUUUGA